UAUUUUUAAAACGUUUAUUUUUUGGCAUAAUAGAUUCUUGAAAGAUGUCAAAUAUACUUAAAAAAAUUCUUGUAAAACUUUCAACAACUAAGAAAAAUGGGGGAGGCAGCAGAAAAUUUGAACUAUGACUGCAAUUAUAACAUGUUCCUUGCUAAAAUUAUGCUAUCCAACUUACCCACAAAUGAAGAUAGACAAAAGGCAGUCAAAUGGAUGAAAAAAUUAACAAACUGUAAUAGAUCUAUAGAAGAAAUGAAAUUACGUAAUGAUUUUAUGUAUUAUCUGGUGGUUAAUAUACAACAAGGACAGUUGCAAGCUCCUUUUACAGAAAACCCUCCGCCAAGCGCUUUACCAUCUAUUGCCCACCUUUUACCUGGGGGUACGGCUGAUAUGGAAGAUACAGAGGAAUCAAGACAGCCUACAAUGAAACCAAUGUUAUAUGAAAACUCUCCCGAUGGAGGGGCAUUUUUGGCUGCUCAACCUGUACCUAGGUGCGGUGCGUUUUGUUAUUUAGCUGUAGUCGCUAAAGAUCCCAAGUCAUCCCAUUAAUAAUUUCUGAAAGAAUAUUGUGAAGGUUUCAAUAAAAAUGUGCUUUUUUUGUUGAUUUCAUU